CGACCAAUUAUCACUUAUAUGUGUAAUAUUUGUAAAACAGGGAUAAAAUAUGGGUUAUAAUCAUAUCUUCAUGCCAUUAGAACACUGUCGACAGUCGUCUCAAACUUUUAAAAUCGUCGUAUCAACUGGCAUAAAAAAUGUUUCGAUUUGUUAUUUUGUACUUCAGUUUAUUGGUAUUUUGUGCAAGUUCGAAAAGUUUACCAAACGAUAGGGCAGUUUUAAUUUCAAAAUACGCAAAAGUCGCCGUCUACGGGCAAAAUGAUUCGCAAAAACACCCAACUGAAGGAAGAAGUAGUGGUCAGUCACUGUGGUCUUAUAGAUCUGAUGUAAAUGUAAAAAGUGGCCAAAACGCGAAAAAAAAUCGUCCACAAAUUGUUACUUAUCGUUAUCCGGUUUCGAGAAAAGGAAACGAUAAAGUUGAAGGUCUACCAGGAAUUGGAGAAGUCAUACAAGAACGAUUCAAUCCAAAACCAUACUUCAAAUACGGACAGAUACCUCCACAGGAAGAUUCAUAUCCAGUUUACGCUCAUCCAGCUCAAGUGGACGCUAAACCGUCCACUGCCCAAAAUUCCAGUCCAACAAACGGAGGAGAUCUAUAUACUUCCCCUUACACGUCCUACAACCCCCCAAAUGUGAGCACAGCCAACUACGAUGCCCCCUCGAACGCUGCUCAACCUGAACCGACAAAAGAUUCGUACGCCGAACCUCCUGCAAAGGCUCACGAAGAAGUUGUUUACGACUAUAAACCAACACCGGUAUUCACCUCUCCUUCAUUGGGGCCUCCACUAGCACCGCCAGCAGAUGGGGACGAUGAGCAUUUCCACGAAGAAGGUCCUCCGAAAUUUCCGCCCAAGAGCAUAGACGACAUCUACUACCCUCCAGAUGACCAUGAUGAAAAAAUCGUCGAUCACCAUCCAGCUCCAGUCGAUAUGGCCGAAGAAGAUCUCUCUCCGCCCCCUUCCGGCGGCAUAGAGAAUGACCCGCCAUUCCCACAAUACCUCUACGAUGGCCACCACCAUGACCAUCACGUCUACGAAGAAAUCCACCAUCCAACAACUGCAGCUCCAGAGAAAGAAGACAAACGUGUCAGCGGCAGCCAUUACAGCUACUACUAUCUAGGAAGAAAAUUGUGGUACAUACCUUUGUACUUCAGCAUUUAUUUUAUUCUUUAUGUUACCCUAUUAAUAUUGAAAUCCAUCGCAAGGCAUAAGAUUAAGGUUAAACAUGAUUUCCUCGAUGACAAAAGGAAAGCCAGGACCAUGGAUUUUCAUGAAACCAUCAAUGAUAUGCACAGAAAUGUCUCUUCUGCCAUUCAAAGCGCAGAAAAUAAAUAUAUGGCUAUGUAG